CUUCGUUGGAACUGACCACUACACCAGUUCCAACUGCACCAUGGCUACCUUUCUCGUGCUCUGGUGUUUGUUGGUUGCCUCGGUCGGCUUCACACGUGCUGCAGACUGUCCUGCGUCAAGGCUGCAUCUCUCAGAAGCCCCAUAUGAUAACUACUUUCUCUCCGACUGCAUCACCAGCUCCCAUGUCAUUGUCACGAGCCCGGACGCCAACACCACCAACUCCAAUGCCAAACCACGACUACUCGUAGCAUGGCCCGCGGGCAACAGCGGCGCAGCGGCGUAUUUCGAGGCCGAGAAUGGCGGAACACUUGGACUGCACCUGGAGAAUUCGACCACGGACGGGGAGGUGCUGGAAACUGUCAACGAGCCCGCCGCAGACGGAGCCAAGAAUGAGAAUGCUCGUGUAGGGGUAAAAGGUCUCAUUCAUUUCGACACGCCAGCUCUCCUCACGCUACCCAUCCUUGGCUCCAUCCGCUCCAUCCGCGACUACUCUGAAGGUGGAGGAAUACUCAGCCCAGACGUCCAGAACGCGGUCGCGACAGAGAAGUUUGGCAGCGACGGAGGCCAGUUCUACCGGACUUGGUUCGAUGGCAUGACUACCACAUGGAUUGACUUUACGCCCACUUCCGGGGCUGAAGCGGUCCAAAUCAUCACUGGCGACAAGUGGAAGCUCCGUUUCAGCACUGGAACCUACGAAUUCAGGGCAACUUUCAACUACCCUCAAUUGGAUCAGCUGAGCGCUUCCGAAGUGCUUAAUAACGCCUCGCAAGGUCUCGUAAAGGAAAGCGCUGACCUAACAACGUCGCUGUCUUUCCUGUCCUACUCGAAUAAGCUUCUUGCCGGAUCCUGGAGGUUUUUAACAUACUUCGGUCGCGAUAGCAUGCUCUCGGCGCUCCUGAUGCAGGACAUCCUCAGUCAAGGAGAGGGUGGCGCACUAGAGGCUGUUAUCGGGGCAGUAAUCGAACGCAUCAAUAAUACGGAUGGAACAGUCUGUCACGAAGAGAAUCUAGGUGACUAUGCUUCGUUCCUUGCUCGCCAAAAAGGUAUCGAUUCGAGCGCACCCACUUGCGACUACAAAAUGGUUGAUACAGACUUCCUUCUUCCCGUAUUGAUGCGAGACUACUUUGUAAACACAGACACUGGGGGGAGCAGGGCAACACCGUUCCUCUCCAAGAAGGCUACGUUCUUGGAGGAAAACGCAGGGGUCGCUUACUUGGAGCUAGCACAGCGUACUGCUGAGAAGAUCAUGAACACCACCGCACCCUUUGUCUCAAGCCAAGUUGCAUCCAACCUGAUCCACCUCAAAGACGGUGAAUCGGUAGGCGAAUGGCGAGACUCAAGUUCAGGGUUGGGAGGAGGACGCAUCCCAUACGACGUCAACACAGCUCUUGUACCCGCGGGCUUACGUGCAAUCGCCACUUUGUCUCAAGCAGGUGUAUUCCCAGAUCACCCAGAAUGGGCGGAAACCGCAGAAAAGUAUGCGCAAGUCUGGGAAGACGAGACAUUGAAGUUCUUCGAAGUGUCCGUUUCUCAAAGCGACGCCCAACAGCUCGUCGAACAGUACGUCUCCGAUGCGGCUCUGGCAGGCCCCUCAAACACCGACCAGAUAACGGGCAACAUCACUUUCUAUGCCCUUGCUCUUGGAGGUGCCGACAAUGAACCUGUCCGCGUGAUGAACACGGAUGAUUGCUUCCGCCAUUUCCUGCUCAACACUACGAACCAAGAGCAGCUCAGCGCUUUCCUAGAUCAAACCGCCGACCAUAUCCUACAAAACUUUCCUGUGGGAUUAUCUACAGAUGUCGGACUGUUUGUGGCAAAUCCUGCGUACGCCGGCAACAAGUCACUUUCGGACCAGUUCAAGAACUCCGACUACCACGGCACUGUGGUGUGGAGCUGGCAAUUGGCCAUGAUGGCAGCCGGCCUUGGUCGUCAGCUUGCCCGUUGUGAUGCAGAUGGUGCACCUGAUUUCUGCAACACAGAAUGUCACAGCAAAGUCCAAAACGCUUACAAGGCGCUCUGGGAUACGAUAGACAAGAACCGUGCGCAGCUGAGUAGUGAGGUUUGGAGUUGGGAGUACAAUAACGGGUAUCAACCGGUGCCACUGAGCGCGUUCUCUACUACCGAGAGUGACAUCAUACAGCUUUGGAGCUUGACUUUCUUGGCUGUCCAUGAAGAGGAUGUGUGACUCCCAGUCGGUGGUUGUGAGGACGGCUUGUGCAGGGAGACCUACGAGUUGCCGAAAUUUGGAGAACAAGUUGUGCUGGAGUAGUAUUGUACAUGUUAGCAGCGAUCAGGCCUAGUCGGAACAAGAUGGUCAGCUU